AGAAAUUCAAUAUUAUAGCAACAUCAUGUCUACUCAUGCGUGUAACAUCAAGGCGUGUAAUACACAAGCUUUUGCAUGAUUUUCUUACGUCAAUACAACUGACCGGUUCAGUCAACGGUGACACGUUCCUGGUGCUUGACUAUGUUGAGGGAGAAGACUUAUCCUCGUGGCUCAGUCGAGAGGCUCCG